GAUAAGCGUAGGAUCAAUGCACGCAGUCUAUGGUGACACUAAUAUUAGGCAGUAGUGCCCUUGCACGGGGGUCUGAGUCAUGGAGUAAUCUGGUACUUUAAUCACCAAAGGCAGAAAACUCGAACAGUUCAGCCAUCGUCCCGCACAACCUCAUCUCAAAUCUCAACAUGUCGGAUCAAUCACCAUGCGCGAUUCUUCCAGAGUCUAUCGACAUUCCCCGCAUCACGUCUACGAAACAAGAGUCAACACUCAAUUACUACGGCCCUGUUGACGCUUCACUUCCUACCGAGGCGUCAAAAUUCCUCGCUCGCAAUACCGACGCAGUCGAGCAGGAAUUGGAACCCAGCAUAAAGGCGUUCCUAAAGACUACUCAAAACGACUGUUCUGGCCUUACAGAAGAGAAAAAAGCAUGCUGGCUUACUAUCCGCAUCACAAAGCCUUGUACCGCAUUCAAAAUCCCGAGGUGGCAUCAAGAUGGCCCUAUGUUUGAGUACGACCAAGGACGCGAAGAUGUUGUGAGAAGCAAGUAUGCGCUCACGUUACUCGGACCAUCUACGCUCAUGCUGCAGCCGGAUGAACAUGUCUUCACCAGGCAGCAUGAAGCGGAGGCGCGGUAUUACUGGUGGCGAAACAAAACCGAUGGCCCUGAGCCCUCCGAAGACGAGAUGUAUGAAGCAGAUGACCUAUUGCGGGAGUCGCUUGGCAAUGUAUUCAAAGACACUCCUAGAGUUCAGGUUGGACAUGGUCAAGUCGUUCGGUUUAGCUGGGGAAGGGAUGAUAGCCCCGUGCAUUCAGAGCCCGAUCUUGUUUCCGAUAGGGUUUUCAUGACUGUGUUGUAUGGAAGUGAAUCGGAGUUACGAACCAUGAGUAAGUGGAGAGAGGCUGCGUACGGAGUGUUCUCUGUAGAGUAGCUGUCUGUCUUCUUCAAGGUUCUCCAAUCUUGGUUUAUCGUUGCGGGACGGUCGAGAGAUAUAAGUAGGAAGUAGAUGGGUUUCUUAUCUCCUAAGACCUGGUCUCG